AUGAACAACCUAGGCGCAAUGUGCCUUAGAACUAGUACCCAAUCCAUCCUUUUAGCUCCUAUUAGAGACAAGUACUCCAUUUUAAUGGAGGAUGAUAAGUUGCGCGCAGGUGCAAGUAGCAUGCAGGGUUGGAGAAGUACAAUGGAGGAUGCACACGCAAUGUAUCUCUCACUAUUGGGAAUGCCUGAUAAGAUGAAUGAUGAGGAUGGUGCUAUUGCUGCUGUUUUUGAUGGACAUUGUGGCAGCAAAUUUGCUCAGUCAUGUGCGUCACAUAUUCGUGAGUGGGUCACCACAGCCGCCGCAUUUCGCAGUGGAGAUUUCGAGAAAGCAUUAAGGGACGCAUUUGUGCUUGGGGACGAGUUAUUGCAUAGGGCUAUGCCCAAUGAGUUGAGUGGGUGUACGGGAAAUUGUGUAUUAAUUAUUCAGAACCAUCUUUACUGUGCUAACGCAGGUGAUUCACGAUCCGUUUUGUGUCGUGAUGGCGUCGCCAUUCCACUGAGUGACGACCAUAAGCCAACAAACCCAUUAGAGAAAGAGCGCAUUGAAAGGGCAGGUGGCUAUGUACACAACGGUCGGGUGAAUGGUGUCCUUUCACUAAGCCGUGCCUUUGGUGAUUUUGCAUUCAAAAAAAGUAACUUAAAAGCUGAAGAACAAAUAAUUACUGUUGCUCCAGAUGUACUGCAUAUCGAACUUACACCACUCGAUGAGUUUGUUAUUAUAGCCUGUGACGGUGUCUGGGAUACUAUAUCCAAUCAGGAAGCAGUCGAGUUUGUACGCAAUGAAGUAGCUGAUCAUGGGGAUGUAUCGCUAGCUUGCGAACGCAUGAUGAAUACUUGCCUAGCAAUGACACCUGAAAACUAUGGAACCGAUAAUAUGACUGUGUUAAUACUUCAGUUUAAGAGUUCUUUCCUGAAAAAGGUGGAGAGCAAGUUCGUUUAGGUUCGAAUAAUAGUGAAAUACUACUUUCCCUCUUUUCAACUUCAAUGACCCUGAGGAUGCAUUGGGUAAAAUGAAGCAUGACAGAUAUGCAUAGUGAAUAUAUAUAUAUAUACACUAGCA